CGUCACGUCCGGUGGUCUCGAGCUCAGAGAAGAUGGCGGCUGUAGGAGUGAGCACUGAUGGAGGCGUCGCGCCGCUGGAUCCGGACUCUGCGUCUCCAGCGCCGGAGCAGACGCUCCAGAACAACGCGCUGCUGGGACUCCCGAUCGUGGCGAUCGAGAACAUCCUCAACUUCCUGUCCUACGACGAGAUCAGUCUGCUGCGACUGGUGUGUAAGCGCAUGGAUGUGAUCUGCCAGCGUGUGCUGAACCAAGGCUUCCUGAGAGUGGAGCGCUAUCACAGUCUGUGCCAGAAACAGGUGAAGGCCCAGCUGCCCAGGCGGGAGUCGGAGCGCAGGAAUCACUCGUUAGCGCGGCACGCAGACAUCCUGGCGGCGGUGGAGACGCGUCUGUCACUGCUCAACAUGACCUUCAUGAAAUACGUGGACUCAAACCUCUGCUGCUUCAUUCCUGGAAAGGUGAUCGAUGAGAUUUACCGUGUUCUGCGGUAUGUGAACUCCACACGAGCGCCACAGAGAGCUCACGAGGUGCUGCAGGAGCUGCGGGACAUCUCCUCCAUGGCCAUGGAGUACUUCGACGAGAAGAUCGUCCCCAUCCUGAAGAAGAGGCUUCCCGGCGCGGAUCUCUCCGGACGACUGAUCGGAUCUGCUCCGGUGGCCGGUCCCUCUUCCUCUCUCACCACCAUGUCCCUGCUGGCCAAGAACACUCCGUCUCGCUCGGAGAUGACGAAGGUGCAGCAGCAGGUGAAGGUGAACGGCGCGUCGAUGACGGCGCUGCGGCGCGAGAUGCAGGAGGUGCGUGUGAAGCAGCUGGAGCAGCAGAAGCAGCUGCAGGAUCAGGAGCAGAAGCUGCUGGAGCAGUCUCAGGUGAUGGGCGAGCAGAACGCCCGUCUGGCCGAGCUGGAGCACAAGCUCAGGGAACUGAUGGACAGCGCCGUGGCCUCCAGCUCGUCCGAGGGCCUGUGUCUCAAACGGCCCCGCACCUGCCCAGACCUCCCGCGUCACUCCAAACGCCUGCGCAGCAAGAAAUAGACGGACGUUUCUCUCUACCUUUUAAGUUUCUUUUGCUUCCUUAAAGCUAUAUCAUUUUUUCCACUUAUGUCAAACUAUGACGUGAUAAUCACGCGGAGGAAAAUCAUAAGGAGAGGGGAAUCUCACUGUUUUAUCAUUUGUCAUCGGCACGUCCCUCAUAUCAGACAUGUAUUAAUAUACACUAAUAUGCUUGAGCCCGUCGCUUGACUUCUGUUUCUAAAGCUUGGCAUCUGCCUUGAGCAACGUCUGUCUUUGUGUUUACCCGACCUUCAUGCCAAUGAGCUCGAGGAAACGAUGCGAGAAGCUUUAGUCAAUCAUCUGCGAGGACGAGGAAGACAUGAACACAGCUGAUGUGGCACGCCGCAGUAGUUUCGACCAUUAGGUUCAACUGUGUACAAAGUUUUCAAGUUAAGACUCAGACCCCUUCUUGAAAUGGAGAACACGAGGUGUUGGUAUACAUGAUGUAAAUGGUAAAUAUCAGCUUUGUUCUGUUCUAAGAGAUGUGCCUGGUACGGGUACGAGUAAGUGUUGCAGACGUCUGCAGCUGUAGCACACAUGAUAUUAUAGUUUGUCUGAAGAUCGUCCGUCACUGAGGAUAGUGUCUGUAGGUGUAUCAUUUACUGCAAAUAGAUCUGUGUCAGUGCAAUAAAAAUUGUGGAAAGCCUUGUUACUAGGAAAAUAAAUGAUUGACGUUCAGCUUG